GUCAUGUGUACUAAUCGCAAAACGGGUAGUCAAAAUUUGAGCGAGCUCAAGGCUGUUGGAGAAGUUUGGCGGCGGAGCGCACGAGGAGCGACCAGCGCCACCAGCCUCGUGCCACGGAGCGCAAAUACGGGCGCGAGUCGCUGUCACGGAGUCAACACCACCUCGAUCGUGGACUCACAUCCCGAGCCUUUAUUCCUACAUGUCGACUUAGGUAGCAACAAGGAAUUGAAGGUGAGGCCCGGUGAGGGUUCAUGCAGCCUCGGGAGAACGCGUUACGGGGCCAUCGACCAAGACACGGCCCUAGCAGUGGUAGCCGGUGAGAGUCGUACGCGAGACUCGAGAGAAGCAUUUGGUCUAUUCCGAUGGAUCGUAAGCAAAGAAAUGUACAUCAGAUGGGACGCGCGGGUACUCAAAUAAAUAUUACUAGCCUACUACAAACUGUCGGGAAAGAACCCUACACGUCAUACGACCCGCUCGUUGAGAAUAAGUGGCUGCUGUACGUUCUAUUACUUGUAAAAAGCGCUUCUAGACCCAUCUCCU